GUUCUGAGGUAGGUAUGUUAUUAUUAAAUUUCUUGGUUUUAUUAAUUUAUUACGACAUGUUCGAUUAAUUCCGUUGUUAGUUAUGAAUAAAUCGGUUCUAUGAUCAAAUUAUCGUAUCUGUAGAAAUUCUCGUCGUCAGGUUUUAUAGUACUGUAAAUACAUUUGUACAUAGUGGGUGUUUGUCACACAAUGAGCAUGGUGAACCGUGCUGCUGGACGCAGUAGCAAAAAUGUUAAAAUAGACACAGCUUCUGUUGCCAAACAACAGAUCACAAUUACAGAAAAUGUCAAAAACACAGAAAAGGAGAAAAAACAGCCAACUCCUGAUCAAAUUAGACUCGCAUCUUUAAUAUCUGAUAAAGGCGAAACGCAGUCGCGAGAAAUACAAGAAAAAUUGGAUAAAAUUAGAGAUGUUACUUGCAAAACAGAAGAUGAAAUCGUCACAGCUUUAUACGAUUGCGAUAAUAACGAAGAAGCGGCUAUUUCAUACUUACUCGAAGGCAAAACAGACGGCUGGUCAACGACAACUAAAAAGAAAAAGAAUCGAGCUGCCAGCGCAUCGAAAAACGACACGGCUGUAAAUAAUUUUAAAGAAAAUACCGACAAUUCCGAAGAAUGGGAUAAAGAUACGUCAACGAAUGCCGCCAACCAAAGCGAUAAAAGUAACCGUGGAUAUCGCGGCCGACGAGGAAGCGGUCCUAGGCCAAAUGAUCGAGGUUCCUACAAUAGAAACAAAUGGCGUGGACGUGAAAACAAAGAAAACGAACGCAACGCCGAAGACGGUAGCUCGAAUAAUGCACCUAGUGGUAGAGAUUUCCGUGGCAGAGGUGAUCGUGUCAUGAACGGACCCUCCAGACUGGGCAGAGGAGGCCGAGGCACCAGAGGCGGUCGCGGACCCGGUACAUCUCGUACGUUUCAAAGUAGAGAUAAUAAUGAUCGAGGAGGUAGUGGCUUCCCUAGAAAUAUCGAUACCUGGAAUAAUCCAGAAACUGAGAAUACUAUUAGUAAAGUCGAUGAAUUCCCCUCGCCCGAAGACUGGGAUAACGAAGAGUACACAGGGUCUUUAGCCGAUAGUAAAGUAUUCACUCCUAGCACAACUGUUGAACCUGAGACUGCCGAUUCAGCGCCCGUUAUCGAAAGUGAGAUUAAAGAAGAAUCGUUAUCGUUACAGAUGUCGAUGCAGUCCUCGCCAAAUGCGCCCAUUCAAUCGAUGGUCGCUGGUACUAAUCAAUUAACGCCGGCCGAACGUCAAUACUUCAAUCAGUUAACGGCACAAGCCAGCGAGAAUCGCCAGAAGCAGGCCCAACAGCAAGCGCAGUCGACCGUACCGCAGCCUUCGCAACAGCCGGCCGGAAUAUCGGCGGGCAAGACACCGUCGCCAGCGCAACAACAGCCGUCGUCUGUGAUAUAUAAUUCGUCUAUUACGUCUCCUCAGCAGCCGUUCAAGUCGCCCGUAACGCAAUCGUUUGCCAGCGUUUCGCAGUCUACGUAUCAAUCGGUGGCGGCGUCUCAGCAGCCUCAACCGCAGCCGACGUACAACGCUAUGGUCUCUUCGCAAACGUUCCAACAGUCGCCUAAUGCUUCGUAUCAAAGUCCGUCGUCGAUUCCGGGUACCGGUACGGCAGCUUCCUAUUCCAGAACAAGCUCCGAAUACACGUCUUCGAACUUCAGCGACGUUAUGAAUAAUUAUAAUUCGAUGCACGUUGGUCUGCAGACGAACGGUUCGUUACCUCAGAGAAGUAAGCCUCAAAGGCCUACGUCUAGACAAGAAACACCCACCAAAGUGAUGCCCGGAUCCGUAGAUAUCCCUUCGGCGGACGGUUCGAUCGCUAUUAAAUAUUUAGACGCACAAUUCAGCGCGGCGUUGGACUUCAACGCAGCGGAUAACUUCGAUGGUACGGCUUCCGGCGCCGAUCAGUCCUCCGUCACGGCGGCCUUGUCUAACAAGUACUCGCAAAGCGUGGCAGCUAACGCGCCCCAACACGGUGACCUACCGUCCAUCAAUUCGUUCCAAGCCUCGCAGCAACCCAAACCGAAUCUUCCAUCUAGUACCAUUGCCUCGGUUUUGAGUCAAACUAACGAACUGUCGUCGGACGCAUCGUUACAGAACGACAAUAGCGUGUAUUCAUCGCAGACGAUAACUAAUUCGAGAAUGGCGCCGGCUAUGCAGGAUUUGAAGAGUACGAGCGAAGUAUCCUCGCUACCGUACGGUAUCUCGGAAGCGUACCAAUCGCAGCAACAGCCUCAGAGCUUUCAAAAGUCUACUAGCGUUUCGCAAACGUUUCGCGGAUCGACGUACGGACCUACGACUCCGAUAACGACGAGCGCCGGAAACGUGUACUCUGGUCAGCAACAGCAACAGGCCUCGCAGCCUACGCAACAGCAACAAACGCAGCAACAGACGCCUCAACCGCAACAACAACAGUCACAGAUCAGCGGUAGCGGCGUUUCGAGUGGCGGUAGCGGUACGGGAGCCGGCAGCGGCGCCGGUACAGCGUAUCCGACCAGUUCGACGUCUUUCUCGGUGUAUAGUAGUAAUAGUCAUAGCGUCGCGACGGCCACGCCGCCGCUACAUAAUUCCGUUUAUCAUAACAGCUCGUACCAUCCGUCGGUUACGGGCAGUUUUCCUUCGUACGUGUCGUAUCCGGGAUCGCUGAUGCAGCCGUAUCAGGGAGGCGCUGCCGGAUUAACCCAAGCUCCGUACCUGGGAACGCAGUAUGGCGGCCAAUCUUUGCCUAGUCUCGGCGCUACCUACGGAGCAGCACCGUUCCAUAGUAACUACGGCGUUAGCGGUAAUAUGCAAACUCCCGUAGCCACUUUACAACAAACCCAUAAGAUUUCCAGCUCGUUAUCGACCAGCGCCGCUGGAACGAAGGAUACGCAAUAUGAUAAUUUACAAAGUAUUACGUCGGCAUCUAGUAAUACGGCGAAUACGACUAGCGGUAGCGUGAUUAGCGGAUUAUCUCAACCGUCGUCGACGACGUCGUCAGCGAAAGUUACGUCUAGUUCAACUUCAGGUAGUAAAUCGAGCGGCAUGUUACCGAGCAUUCCACCCGGAGUAGCGCCUCUAUUAGGACCCCAAUAUAUUAUGAGUCAAGGUACCUUACCGCUGUAUCAGCCGGCGUUCACGUUAAAUUACGACGAUAUUCAGUAUUUGCAACGUGGAAUGCAUCCGCCUAUGCCUACGGGAUUCGUAGAUUUGCACUAUCCGGCAGCACCUCAAACGAAUUUGGCCGCAGCCGGACGCGAUACAUUGAGUGUUCCUUUCUCGACGAUAUCGGACGUAAGAUUCCCACGUCCGGAUAACACAACGUCUCCCGUACCUCCGGCGGCCGCAGCCGCAGCUAACGCAUCUCUAUCGCAACAGAAUACGGCGCCAACGCAUCAACAACCCCAUAUGCCAUUGUUGCAGACGUACGCGGCAGCUUAUAUCUAUCCAUCGUACCAGCAGUACACGACGCCAGUCUAUCAGGUGGCACCUACCGCAACGCCAGCCGCUCCCGGAUCGUCGAAUAACGCCGCUCUGACGGGAACGCCAUUCGCCAAAGCUCCUACCGGAUACAACUCGACCGGAUACGCGUCGCAAUACGACUCGUUGGGUAAUAACCAAGCUAACGUCGGAGAUUACACGAAAGGUAACUCGGCCAGCUCGUACUCGAACGCGCAGCAGUCCAGUAAAGCGAACCCUAACGCUAGUAACGUCUCCGGUCAAAAUGCCAACAGCGGUAACAGCGAUUUAUCUAUGUAUGGGAAGUCGCAUACGUCUUUGACGAAGUCAUACGACAAACAGACGUUCCAUUCGGGUACACCGCCACCGUUCACGAUGCCAGGUAGCGGACCAACUUCUAGUAAUUUGGGCAACGUGCCGAAUGUAAGCGCUGCGGCCGGAUAUGGUCCUCAGCUAUUUAUACCAAGUGUACCAUCAGCGGCUGCGGCCCAUCAGCAACAUCAUUUGCAUCAGAAUACACAUCAUCAGGACGGUGGAGAUAUUCGUAACAGUGGAAAUAGCGAAAGGAACUUCUUCUUGUCGUCGAAUCGGUCGACUUACCGCUGAAUAUCGUAAUACGCAAAUAUCGUCUUAACAUCCCGUUUAAUUGGUGCCCGUUUCAUGUGUGACAAACAUUUUGCAUAAAUUUUUCAUUCAAAAGGAUCACCUUUACACAAUACCUACUAUCUCUCGAAUCGCAAACGAUGCGAAAAAAUGGUUAUGAAAAAUAUCCAAGUUAAAUUAUUGAUAAUUUAUUAAUUUGAAAUUUUCGUCGAUUUGAAUAUACUAUUUUUGAUUUAUAUGUUGAAAAAAACAAAAUGAAAGUUGAAAUUUAUAUGUAUUUUGGAAAUGUAAUAAUACUGUGUUUUUGUUUUUGCUGUUUGUAAUGUUUUUUUCUCCCUCUCAUUCUCUUUUUUUGUCUUACGAUUUAUUUGUUCGUAUUAUUCUAUUAAUUGGAAGCUAAAAAAAAUUAAUUAGUGUACUAUAUUACUUAGAGGUAGUUAUUUUUAUAAAUUUAAUUACGCUGUUUGCGAUCGCAAUUAAAAAUACUAUUUACACAAAAGUGGUUUAUGUUUUGGGCUUUUAUAUACGCAAAACAAUAAUUUGUAUAAUACAUGUAGGAAAGGAUCGUUGAAAAUUAUAUAUAUUUUAUAUAUUUUUAGUUGUAUUUUUUUUAUGAAUAUUUAAUACUUGAGUAUAUAUACGAUUGAUAUAUAUAAUACAUUUUUUUUCUCUUC